AUGCCACCGCUGAUAGAGUACCAUUGCGGAUGCACAUCACUUCCUACGGGUAUUCCACCGCCACCACAUCUAGCCUCGUCGUCGUUUGCUUUCCACCCGCUGCACGGUCUCUAUUUCUGUGAAGAGUGCGACGCUGUACGAUGUAAUCGCUGCGUGACAGUCGAAAUCUCUGGCUACUACUGCCCAAACUGUCUCUUCGAAGUCCCAAGUGCGAGUGUAAGGGCCGAAAAGAAUCGGUGCGCAAGGAACUGCUUCGAGUGUCCCGUGUGCACCAAUACCCUUCAGGUUGUGCCCUCAGAUCCUCCAGAACCACACAGCGGCGCUCCUGUCACCAUCUCGACCGUUGGCGAGCCACCCUUCUUCCUUUAUUGUAAUCACUGCCGAUGGGACUCGUUCGAUGCAGGAGUCACAUUCGAAAAGCCGACAGGUCUCGCUUUGCAGCUUCAAAAGACGGAGGACUCUGCCCCAGAGAUCCUAGAAGUCGAAAAACUCAAGGACUACUUCGAGCCGGCACUCAAGCAGGCACAGAUCAAUCAACAAUACCAACAGGCACUCGCAGCUGCGGCGACUGGUGGGACAACUGGAGCAGCGGGUGGUCCUGGUAACGUUGGUCAUUCACCGACGACGUCGUUGAAUCCGAUUCACGUCGCAGCUUCUUCUGCACUCUCCCGCGAGGUACCAUCGUUUAAAUACUCUGGAUCCUCACGAAGACCGGGCCUGGGACCCUCUUUGGCGAAGCGAGGACCCGCGCCGAGCCUAGGAAGUAACGUAAAUGAUAUCGACCAUCCAACAAAAGACUAUAAACCUCGAAUCACUGCCGGUACCGGUGAGGGCUUGGCACACGACGCGGAAAUCGAAUGGGUUUCCAAGUUGGGACUACCUGCAGGAGAAGAAAAUGGGGGAGGUGCAAUAUCUGGUAUUUCCUUCGCGCAUAAGAACGAGAUUGCAUCUUUGGAACAGCGACUACAUGCGACUCAGUACAGUUGGGCGCCAACCCAUUCCCUCCGAACGGUCGACCUCAAGCCCACGAGGGUCCCACUCCGUUCAAAGAAGAGCAAGCGUUGUCCAAAGUGUACACAUAUUCUCAUCAAACCAGAGCUCAAGGCACAGAGUACUAAAUGGAAGAUCAAACUCGUGGCGGCGAACUAUCUUCCCAGCAUCGAGGUUGUAAUUCCUACCUUGGGGCUCACUAACCCGUCUGUAAAGCGGACAGGCAAAGAAAAGGACGCGACUCCAGAGGACGCGGCACUGGCCAACAUGAUGCUCCCGGGGAAAACUUAUCCCUUUCAUUUGGUCUUCUCUAACCCACUAUACGACCCAAUUAACGUUCGUCUCUCCGUUCAGCGCUCGUUUCCUCCGCCUCCAACCGGAUCGACGCCGAACACUGCUCCGCUAGAUCCAUCCGCCGCGGUCCCUUCGCGUCGACCCCCAUACGCCAUUUCGCUACCAACUUCGGCAUUCCCUAUCGCGGCUUAUGCAGAGGCAUGGGAAUACGAAGAUGAAGAAGAUGAAGAGAUGCCGGAUGACGAGGAGCUAGGACUCAACCUCGGGAUUGGUUCUCGAACUCCAGGAAAAUCCGGUUCCGGAAGAGAUGGUAAAGGAAAAGCCAAGACUGUGGGAAUCCUGGAGAGACGAGCAAACGUGACCAAAGUUGGUGGCGAGGUCGUCAUCGGCAAGGAUGGUAAAGGCGCAGUCAAGUUCAACAUGCUCGUGACGUAUACUUAUCGUUCGGACGACCCUGCAGAAGACAAAGCUGAUACAAGCACGAGCGGUACGCCAGCCAGCAAGCUCGGCUCAGCAAGGAAGGAUACAAAUAGCGGAUCGGGAGCUACUGACAAUAUGAAGACGUUUUCCUUCUACACCGUCGUAGAUCUAGGGAUGAUAGCACCCAAGGAGAUGGUGGCAAAGGUUGAGAAGCAGGAACGAAGAGAGAGCGUACAGACAGGUGGCGACAGAACUUUGACGCCGACUAUGGCCGCGUCAUUUUCUUUGUUACCACCAGAACUCAAACUUGACAUAUGCGAGUAUCUAUUCGAGCCUCUACAUAUGCCAGAAGACGCAUAUCGAUGUAAAAAUGUUGGGAGAAGGAGCUUUGCGGGUCUGACCGCUAGGGAUCCCCAAUGGAAAAGAUGUAGAAUGGAGGUAAAGGACAGACCAGACCUUCGAAGUCGCACAGUGUUAUUCAAUAUCAAGCUUCGUGGAGCAUUGCGGGCUUUGAGACAAGUCUCGCGCGAAUUAUACACGAUCUCGAAUCAAAUCCUUUCCCGCGAGCUGGAUAUCGAGCAGCUGUCACUCCUGAUGGAGAUUAGCUCACGACACAUUGUCUCUUCAAUAUCUUUUGAUCCAACGCAAGUGCAGUCCGUCGCCAUACAUCUCGGUACUAUGUUACCACCAUUUCAUUGGGAUCAAAUGAUGGAUUCUAUUAUUUAUGUCCUGCGCAAGUGCGUCAACAUACGGGCUAUCGCGAUUUAUGACUUGGAUGCACGGUUUGCCUCCGUAAAACCGCUUACAGAUGAAUUCAUUCGACUUAUAGACACAGGAAAUGUCUCCAGAUUUGGCAUUUACUCGAGUAACAUUCUCAAUGUCGCCAUCGAUCAACCUCAGUGGGAUAGUCUGGACAUUUCCGAGUCUCUCAACCUCCUAUAUCGAUUAAUAAGUUCCCCUUAUGCGUCACAGAAACUCAGACGCCUCGAUAUUGUUCUAGAGAACAUGACUAGCGACUGCAUCCCCCCGCUGCAGCGAAAUCUGCCGAACCUGCAGUCAUUGACUAUUCGCAGGGCUAUUCGUGCCCGUACCGCAGGACUUGAGAUCCCAUUCCGUAUGGAUGCUUGGUUGCCGAAUGCGAAUCUCACGCGGGUGCAGCUUAUUCGAUGCCAUCCAGCCCAUGCUGCGAAGAUGGUCGACCUUGUUCGGCAUUUUCCCUCCCUAGAGGAGUUAAUGUGGGCAACGUGUGGGCACCACAACGACGUAAUACCCAUUUCUCGAUUGCCUGGAUGGAGUAAUGCCAAGGACGCGCUUCCAAGGGUACGACGUCCACUGAAGCAUCUCCAUCUCGAACAUGUCUUCCUGUGGGAACUUCAUGUUCUCGGAGAGAUCCCCGCCCGGUCCGUGACCGUCGCCAACAUCAACGAGAGCAGAAUUGUGCGAGUGCUCCAUGCACCUGCGGAAUGCUUUAUUGGCUCUUCGAUCGACAAUAUCCAUGUCGAUCCGCCCGACCAACUAGCAGAGGCACCACCAUCGCCAUCCUGGGCGAUUCUGGCUCCAAAGGAAGCCUGUAAAUGGAAAGGAUUCGGCUCUAUUCGUUAUCUCUUCAUCUUUGGGGGAUCGUACAGCUCUACAUGCAUUCCAUCAAGUUUGCCCACGCUCGAACCAACGGACGAGGAGCCGCUAGGGGUUCCAUUCCCGGGAAUUACAUCUACAGAACCUGGUACACCAAACUGGGUCGGCCAUUUUGUAACCGAAUAUGCCUUUUCUCCCCUUCUAGUAUACAACUAUGCAACCCUUGGGAGCGCAAUACCGGAUGUCACACUGCAAAUUGACAAAUACUUUCUAGGAGAUAGUGGGCCGAGUUCCAAGGGCGUCCCGUGGACAGCUGAGAACUCGCUUUUCAUCACUUGGGUGGGGCUUCAAGACCUAGCGAUCUCCGCCGAUCUAGAAGAGCCUAUGGAUGAAUUAUUCAGAGGACAGGCCAAACUUUACGCUGCAGGGGCUCGCAACUUUCUUCUUAUUAAUUUACCGCCAAUACAUCGAGCACCAGCAUGUACAAUCAUGGAGAUGUAUGGAGUUGUCGACGACGAUCGCGAAGCGUCUAUUCUCCGCGCAUCAACUCGCAUUCUCGAUUGGAAUACAUAUCUUGCCAUGAGGGCCCGUCUUUUCGCGUCUCCUGCACCCGUUCCCCUGACACCAUUCUACGCUCCCGACCUCGUCUUCGACCCGAAUGCCCGACCACCGGUGGCGACCGCCAGUCAACAAGUCUAUACCGGCGCAAGUGUGAUGCUCUUCUCCUGUUACGAAUCCAUGUCCAUGAUUCUCGAUAAUGCCAAAGCCUUUGGACUUGUCGAGACUGACCUUCAAAAGAUUGGUGGUUCAAUCUGGCUGUUGGCCCCGAAUCAAGCCAUCUCGAGCAAAAAGAAGCGGCGGCUUGAAAAGUAUAUUGAAAAGCAACUGAAAAAGGAGGAACGGGUUCAUAUCCUCCAGCAACUCGCGGAGACUCAAGCGCAAAUUCCAUCCACUAAAAGUCUCAAAUCCUCAGCCACUUUGGGAAGCGGUCGAAUUCAGAGCGCGGCAGACCAUGCAGCCAUUCACGAGCAUCUCCAAAUUCGUGAUGCACUAGGACACUCAAAGUUACAAGCAAAAGACGAAACGGAUAGUGAUGAGAAUGAUCGUGUUGAUUCUGAUUCAGGGCUCUCAACCCAUGGGGCUGGACGAAGCGCCCCAAUCAUUGUUGCCGCCCAUGAUGGCAGUCACCUUUCGAAAGCCACGACGUCCGGUGCAUCAAUUCACGCUGGUAGCGCGCUUCGAAGUAAUGGAAAUGGCGCUAUUGUACCUUCUUCUAUGAAAUCGCGUGGUUUGAAAUCGAGGAAGUUUCCAUCAUGGAAGGAUGCGUCUAUGCGCAAACAUUCAGCUUCAGAUCGCGAGUCAUCGGACUUUGACAGCUCAGACUCGGGCUUUGAUUCGGAAGGAAUCAAAGGGAUGGACCAGAUCGUUUGCGAGGAUGAAAAUAUGCAGCACAAGCCGUCUAUCGGGUCGACUAGCAUUUCAGGGCAGAAACGCCCCUUCAAGGAGUGGGCUCACGAACAGAUCGGAAAAACGAUGCUCACCCCUGUCGGAGAGUAUCAGACAUAUACGAAUAUAGAGGCCAUGAAGGAGGCCGAGGCAAAUUUGGCUCCCUCCUUUAAGCGGCAAAAACAUGAUGACGACCUUCCACGAGGCCCAAUGGGUGCAAAAAUCGAGAUUCCCAAUACAGAAUUCGCAAGAAGAGCACAAAGGGAGCAGAAGGAGCUAAUUCACCGCAAGAUAGUCUCCAUCAGUCGAUCCGACGACGUCCGUGCCGCUCGAAUGCAGCUACCCAUCCUUGCUGAAGAGCAGAGAAUACUUGAGGCUGUACUCUUACACCCGGUCGUCGUCAUAUGCGGUCAAACUGGAAGUGGAAAGACGACGCAAGUCCCACAGUUCCUGUAUGAGGCCGGUUACGGCCAUACGGAUAGUCAGAAUCCAGGGAUCAUUGGCAUCACUCAGCCGCGGCGAGUCGCAGCAAUUUCAAUGGCAGCUCGCGUCGCAGAGGAAUUGUCUCUACCUCCUACCAUUGUUUCUCAUCAAGUACGAUACGAAGCAACGGCUGGCUCUUCGACAGUUGUCAAAUUCAUGACGGAUGGUGUACUCCUGCGGGAGAUGGCCGCCGACUUCCUACUCAGUCGCUACUCCGUAAUCAUCGUGGACGAGGCCCAUGAGCGAAACCUCAACACAGAUAUUCUCAUCGGUACCCUCAGUCGCGUCAUCAAAUUGCGCGCGGAGAUGUGGCUGCAAGGAAAAGCAGGUGCAAAGCCACUUCGCCUGAUCAUCAUGUCCGCCACACUGCGAGUGUCAGAUUUCGUGGAGAACACAAUUCUUUUCAAUAUCCCACCCCCGAUCAUUGAGAUCGAAACUCGUCAGCAUCCAGUGACCAUCCAUUUCGAUCGAAGGACCCGCAGUGACUAUGUGACACAAGCUUUGGCAAAGGCAGUUAAAAUUCAUUCUCGACUUCCUCCGGGAGGCAUUCUUAUCUUUCUCACGGGACAGCAGGAGAUCGUUGGCCUAUGCCGAAAACUAGAGAGGCGAUUCGGGUAUCAAGUGAUACACAAAAAACUGGAGCGAAGACGACGCGAGACGACACUUCCACCUCUUCCAAAUUUGUUUCCUCAACCCAAGGAAGAGAUAUUGUCGAGUUCGAGGGCAGACUGGGACGUGGAAGUAGAAGAGAUGGAAUUUAACAAUCAGGCUCCAGACCUCGGGGCCGAUAUCGAUGAAGGACGUGAGCAGAACAGCGACAAUGACGCUCUGGAUACAGACGAAGAGGAGAUUGUGGAUAGCGAUAACAAUUAUGGAACCAGGGAUAAUGAUAUAGAAGUGCCUAUGCACGUUCUUCCGCUCUACUCGCUUCUAUCUAGCGAGAAGCAGAUGGCAGUUUUUAAACCUCCUCCUGAAGGAUCUAGGCUGGUCGUGGUGGCGACAAACGUUGCCGAGACAUCCCUGACGAUACCUGGCAUCCGCUAUGUUAUCGAUUGUGGACGAGCAAAAGAAAGGAAUUACGACGCUGCGAGCGGGGUUCAAACAUUUCAAAUCUCAUGGAUAUCAAAAGCUUCCGCUGCUCAGCGUGCCGGAAGAGCAGGCAGGACCGGUCCCGGUCAUUGCUAUCGUCUCUACUCUUCGUCUCUGUUUGAACAUUAUUUCGACGAACACUCAAAACCAGAGAUCUUACGUACACCCAUCGAGGGAGUAGUCCUGCAAAUGAAGUGUAUGCACAUCGACGCCAUUGUCAACUUCCCAUUCCCCACUCCGCCGGAUAGAACACGAUUGCAAAGGGCAGAGCUCGUUCUAACACGUCUGGGGGCGAUUGAGAAGUCACUGGGCAAACGAUCCAGUCAAAUUACAGACCUUGGACUCCUCAUGUCGGCCUUUCCCGUAGAGCCGCGCCUGGGAAAAAUGCUCGCCAAUGGUACUCAGCAUGGGUGCCUUCCAUAUGUGAUCGCAGUCGUCGCAGUUCUCACAGUUGGUGACCCCUUUUUGAGGGAAGAGGAGCUGGGGCUUGAUGGUCAGGAUAACGAGGAAAGCGAAGACCAAAGACGCCGUCGCGCUUUAUUCUUUGAGAAACAGAAACUCCAUAGCCAACUUGGUGGAGGGCGCAGCGAUGCAUUUAGACUGCUUUCCAUUAUUGGAGCAUUCGAAUAUGCGGGAGGGUCUACUGAAUUUUGUCGAGAACACUUUAUCAGGCCAAAGGCCAUGGAGGAGAUACGCAAGCUGCGCCGCCAGCUUUCCGCCAUUGCAAGCUCUGUUCUCCCCCAAGCUGAUCCUCAGUUUGUUGCAAAACUGCCUCCUCCGAAUGCUCUUCAGCUCAAGGUUCUCCGUCAGGUACUUGCAGCAGGCUUUAUCGACCAAGUUGCAGUUCGAAAAGAUAUUGUCGAAAAGGGACCCUCAGGCAAUAAAUAUGCCUCGUCUCGGAAUGUUGCAUAUCGUGCCGUAGAUGUAGAAGAGGAUGUUUUCAUUCACCCCUCUUCAAUACUCUACCACCAACCACCCCCCGAAUAUAUCGUGUAUCGCGAGAUCGUACGUGGAACUCGCACUUGGCUCAAAAUUGUCACUGUUGUGAACGUCGCCUGGCUGGCGCAGUUGGGCCCGGCGAUGUGCACAUAUUCAAAACCAUUGCCAGUACCACCCACGGUCAAGGACAUGAAACCUGGUGAAGUUCUGGUCAUACCAAAAUUUGGGCCUGGUUGGGAGCUUCCACCCUUCAGGCGGAUGAAAUAG